CAGCAUCAGUCCUGAGCAAGGCUUCUGCCCAGCGUGGAGUCCCCUGCAGAAUCAGCAAGCCUAAGAAAUAUUAUCAACUCAUUGCAUUAAAGUCUACUGGGGGUUCCUGCUGAUAUACUCCAACCCAUUUUUGAAAAAGUAGUGUUUUCCAGCAUCCUCACCUAUCCAGAACAUAAGUAAAAACUUGGGAGUUUCUUGCUUAUUAAUGAAAGCUAUGAAGUCUAAGUCCAACUGGGCCCAGAACCCAAGUUGUAGCAUAAUGGUAUUUCAUCCAACCAAAGAAGAGUUUAAUGAUUUCAAUAAAUACAUUGCUUAUAUGGAAUCCCAAGGUGCACACCGAGCAGGCCUGGCCAAGGUAAUUCCACCCAAGGACUGGAAAGCCAGAGAGACCUAUGAUGAUAUCGAUGACAUCUUAAUAGCCGCUCCCCUCCAGCAGGUGAUUUCUGGGAGGGCAGGUGUGUUUACUCAGCACCACAAAAAGAAGAAAGCCAUGACCGUGAGCGAGUAUCGCCGCUUAACAAACAGUGAAAAACACCAGACACCAUUCUACUCUGAUUUUGAGGAACUGGAGCGAAAAUAUUGGAAAACACGCCCCUAUGAUUCACCGGUUUAUGGUGCGGACGUCAGUGGCUCCUUAUUCGAUGAAAACACGAAGCAGUGGAACCUUGGACACCUGGGAACCAUUCAGGACCUGCUGGAACAGGAGUGCGGAGUGGUCAUCGAGGGCGUCAACACCCCCUACCUUUACUUUGGCAUGUGGAAGACCGCCUUCGCCUGGCACACGGAGGACAUGGACCUUUACAGCAUCAACUACCUGCACUUUGGAGAGCCCAAGACUUGGUACGCGGUGCCCCCGGAGCACGGCCGGCGCCUGGAACGCCUGGCCAGGGAGCUUUUCCCGGGCAGCUCUAGGGGCUGUAAGGCCUCGAGGCACAAGGUGGCUCUCAUCUCGCCCACCGUCCUCAAGGACAACGGCAUCCCCUUCGGUCUCACUCAGGAGGCUGGAGAGUUCAUAGUGACGUUUCCCUAUGGCUAUCACUCUGGCUUCAACCACGGCUUUAACUGCGCGGAAGCCAUCAAUUUCGCUUCCCCGCGCUGGAUCGAUUAUGGGAAAGUGGCGUCGCAGUGCAGCUGCGGGGAGGCCCGGGUCGCCUUCUCUAUGGACGCCUUCGUGCGCAUCCUGCAACCAGAGCGCUACGAGCUGUGGAAACGCGGGCAGGACCGGACCGUGGUGGACCACAGGCGGCCCACGGAGCCCAGCAGCCAGGGCCUGAACGCCUGGAGAGAGGUCCGCGCCGCCUGGGGAGCCGCUCUGGGCCCGAGGCACCACCAGCCACGCCGCGCUCGGCGCCCGCGUGUGCCUGUAGCCCUGGACGGUGGGACCCGCCACCUAGUCCCCGUGCCUGCUGUGUCCCGGCGCCCUUCGCCGGUCUGGGGUUCUUGCUCGGCCGCCCAGUUCGAGGCUGCGGCCACCUGCACCUCUGGGGAGCCCGGCCUAACCCAGCCGCCAACCCCAGGUCCAUCCGCCCCAGAUGGCCACCCAACCGGAAGAUGUGGCCCUCGUCGUCGUCCUUGGAAACAGGGGACUCAGGAGCCAACUGCUCCCCCCAGGGCUAAGAGGAGGCUUUCCUUGGACGUUGCUCAGGACCCAGAGUCUCAGCCCCUGCCUGUGGAUGCACCCUCGCCGGACAACGCUGACUCGCUCAGCCCUGGGCUCCAGCAUCCCGCCAAGGCUUCUGGGUGUGGUUGUGGCCCUGUCCCCUAA